AUGGGACAGGUGGGUGAUGGUGGUGGCAGGUUUCCUCAGAGUGUGGCAGAUCCAUCUCCAUUUCUGGCUCCAUAUGGCAAUAUAACACACCUACCUGAAAGAUCAAGCCUAGUUAAUGGUUAUGGUUCACCCUCAAACAGCUGGAAUGGACGCGAACUCUGUUCUCAUUGGUACAGCCAAGAAACUGGAAGUUUGAAAAUUGAGGAAAGUGGAAAGAAAAAGAAGAAAAAGAAGAAGGCAGGGGUGGCAAUGAUUGCUGAGAGUGCAGAUGUUGAGGAAUCACAUUACAUUGAGAAAGUUAUUCAAAUGCACAGAGAUUUAGAUUUGGAAACAUCUGACAAAGAGACGAAAACAAAUGUUAACAUAACUGAAGAUGAUCAAAGUUCUGAAAAAAGUAAAACUACUGACAAUGAUUUAACAAGCGAGGGAGAAACAAGCCCUGUAACCUCGUUAACAAUGGAAUUACCAGUGACAGAAACAUUACUUCAGAAAAUGAUUACAGACAAAGUUCAACAGUCUUCGAGUGUUGUUCCUAAGGCUAAGCCGAACUGUGUUAUGUCUGAAGAAAUAACAGUAAAUGGGACUAUACAACUUGAAGGGAGAGCUCUUCAUCAUAAGGAAGACAUUUUAAAUGCAGUUGAAGGCAAAAACAAAGAAAGUGACUUGAUGAUGGAAGGGCUGGAUUCAAAGUUUAAGUCUGGUGGCAAUACUGUUUGUGAGCAGUUGUCUGUCCAUGAAUCAAAUCUCAUCGAAGAUACAUGCACACAAAUGGUAGAAUGCCAACUGUCAUCUCAAAAUCCUUUUGAAGGUUUAAUGGAUGACGAAAAUGAUCAUGAUCCAUCUAAUAAGGUAGCAGAAGAAGUAAAUGUUGCUAAUGAGACUGAAACUACAGAGCACUUUGCUGCGUUGGCAGCUUUUGAAUGCGGUACACCAAAACAAGUUGACAGUAUGUGGCAAAUUGAAAAAGAGAGGGCUUUGUCUAAUACAAGUUACGAAGGUGAAGACUUGAACAUCAUUCCUGGAAUCCACAAAAAUGCUGACAGACAUUCACUAAGUGGAAGUUCUGGUAGCUUUAAUGGAUCAGGUUCAUUUCCACUUGGUUCACAAAGAAGUAGCAAGAACAAUACUAUGGAUUCAAUUUAUCGAACUUCGACAUUUGGAAGCUCUACGGCAUCUGACUCUUGGCUAUAUAGAAGUGGCUCAUCAAGUAGAAAGAGCUCUAAAGCUGAUGUGGGGUUCAAUGUUGGCUCCCCUGGUAGUGAAUUUAGUGAGUACGAGAUGUUUGAUGAAUUGCUUGGAUUAGAAGAGGAUCACUUCUCUCCUCCUGAGUCCUUCAUGGGCGUGUCCACUUCAGAAGAACUACGCCAUGCCAUAGAUGCCUGUAAAGAUCUCAUUAACACAACACCUGAAGACUCUGACGAGAAAAACAAACUUGUCAACAAACUGGUCCAGCUCAGGCUGAAACUCCAGGAAACACAGGAUUCCAAAACAGCGAAUAAUUCUAACGCGCGAAAAGUUCUGAGCCAUGUGUUUGUCAAGGAAGAAGACGCAGGAAAAAAGUUAAGCUGUGAUAAAUGUGGGAAAACAAUCUGGAUGUGGCAGUCACUCUUCACAUGCAAAGCUUGUAAUUAUCACAGCCACAGACGUUGUUUGGAGUUGAUUCGCAGACCCUGUGCCAGUCGCAAGGUGUCCGUCAGUACGUACAAUUUAAAGAUUAGUCCAGAGACAGGGCUGUCGUCACAGCAGUAUAAGUGUGCCGAAUGCAGGAAACAGAUAGGAUUGACAAGGGGUGAGCGUUCAGAAGGAAGGCUUUGUGAUUACACAGGGCAGUAUUUCUGUGAAGAGUGUCACUGGAAUGAUCAUGUUGUAAUCCCCGCACGUGUUGUACACAAUUGGGACUUCACCACGUAUAAGGUUUCAAGACAAUCGAAACAGUUCUUAGCUCUCAUGGCCAGCAGGCCACUGUUAAAGAUCGAGAAACUAAACCCGGCUCUGUUCAAGUUUGUUGUGGAAUUGAGAGAAGUCAAGCGUCUAAGAGAAGAGAUUCUCAUUAUGAAGAAGUACUUUGUUACUUGCCGUGAGGCCUUGGAGAGCAAGCUACUGCUCCAGCUAAAAAACAGACAGCACUUCGUGGAUAGUGCCAACAUUUACUCACUUGAAGAUCUGAUUGAUGUGAAUUCUGGCUUGCUUUUACCCUUUCUUACAAAGGUUCACUCUCUUUUCCUCACACAUAUCAAAUCGGACUGUCAGCUCUGUCAAGCUAAAGGUUUUGUUUGCGAGCUCUGUGGAAAAGAUGAAAUCAUUUUCGCCUUCGAUCCGCAUUCAACGCAGUGCAAAGAGUGCCGGACUGUGUUUCACAAAAUUUGCUUCAAAUCUGGUGUGUGUCCGAAAUGUGAACGCAAACAGAAAAGAUCGCAUAAAAAGUAGAACUUAUUACUUUUCAGUGAUUCGCAUCUGUAAACGUCGAGAGGGCAACUGAAUGAAGAAAAAAUGCAACUAGAUGCACUCCUGCUUCAAAUUACCAGUCAAUAGUCCAAACACUGAUUUAUGAAGAAUAACCUUUGGUGAGCAACUGAACAGAGGGAAUCAAAACUCAGACGACAGACUUCCUUUCCAUGGUAGCCGUUCAUUGGUUGGAAUGUCCAGUCAGCGCUACAACUCCGACAAGCAAUUGAGCCCGCAAUUCUCAGCAUAGGAGUUGCGUAGCAACAUAACGGAUUAUCAUAUCGUCUCGCUUACGUGACAACUCGAGGCUGGAUGUUGAUUUUCUCGUAACUCGGACGAAAGGGCGCAAUUAGCGCUCAGAUUGUGAGUAUAUCCUUUCUGACUCAUCGAUUGUUGAACGACUAACGCAAACCGCGCGGAGAAAUUCUCUUGCUUUUUCUUUUCAUCGGACGACGACAACUUUGCUUUCCUCACCUGUUGUUAUUAGCUCUCAAGGUCAAUUAUAAUAUUAAGUUAUUAAUUAUUUAUUUAUUAAUCGUUAAGAACAUUCUAGAACAGAAUUUCUGUUUUUGAGAAAGGAGAAGUUUUCUUGAUCAAUUUUAUCUUUGCAAGAAAACAGUUAAAAUUUAAUAUGCAGUCAUUUGGCCGGUUGAAUCUCGUGAUAUGUUGACGUUUUGUGUUUUUUUACCUCCGAAAUUUUUUAACUUUUCUAGCGAGACCUAAAACAGCACAGUAUUGUAAUUUGUUUUAUGAUGUGUUUUCCGACAAGAGUAGGUUAAGUUUUAUUAAGUUCGAAGGACAGCACAAGGGUAGACGGCAUCACGAACAUGGAUGCAACCCUGUCGUUUUAAUUUUUUUUUAUUGUAUAUAGGAGAAAAGUUGACUUACAUCGUAACUGUCUUUACAUAGCUUAGUGACCGUGACGCGGGUAGUACUUGGUAUCCAAUCAGAACAGGAGUUGUAAAAAGAUAUUUUCUCGGCCAAUCACAACACGCACCAACGCAUUGAACCAAUCAUAGAUUCUGAUUGGUUGAAAAAUGUAAUUGGUCUGAUUAGCUAGACUUUUAUUAAUCAAUCAGAGCUUACCAAACGGAGGGACCAAAGCGGUCGCACUCUUGGAUUAAAUUUGUAAAGGUAGAUACCAACUUAGAUAACGUAGUUAUUCGAAUUGUUUUUCCGAGGGUUUUAAAAACCUUACAGUUUUGUUUUUUAAUGAAAUGGAAAUAAAUUGAUAAGUUAAUUGUAUAGUAUCACUUGAAACUUGCGCUGCUUAAUUAAUAAAGACGGCAAAUCUCUUUGGGA